UCUGAUGCGACUCAAUUUUAUAUAUAUACACACACAUACACACACUAAGGUUGCAUUCCAAACGUCCUUUCUGAGGAAAUUUUACUCGAUACUCUAUAAUAUAUGUAACGUGAACUAUAGAUAUUUAGUAAAAUUUUCCUCAAAAAGGACGUUUUUUAGAAUGCAAUCUAGAAGAGGCUGAGUAAUAUAACAUAAUGCAAUUAAAAAACACAGAUCUUAUGUAAGAAAUGUAGGAAUCCCAAAAUAUGCAUUUGUGCAAAUUAUAAAUAUAGGUUGCAUUCGUGAAAAUUAUUUCUUGGAUUUUUGCGGUCAAUGGACUUAGUUCCACGAUCAGUAAACAACAACAACAACAACAAAAUCAGGAAAUGGUGUUCCUUAAACAUUAAUAUUUAGUUAAUAUUGUUUUUAAUUAAUAUUUUGUGUAAUAACAGAAGGAUAAAAUAAGAUGUUGAGUACAAUUUUGAAACACUCUAUUUCUAUGAGAACUUUAUUAACUGAUGUACAAUCCAUUUGUAAAUUAACACAAAGAUGUGUUAGACAGGAUAAAAAUGUAUUUCCUCAGAUAUUGACUUUUAGAACAUUUCUAACAAGAAACACAAGGUUAUCUGAUGGAUUAUUACAAUCAGGAAGAUUUUUCAAACCUAAAAUGUCACAGAACUUGUUAGUAAGGCAACAGCAAAUAAUAAGAUUGGACAUAGAUACAAAUGUUAAGAACAAUGUGAUCUUAUACAAGAAUGAGAAUUAUAGACAUACACGAUUCUUGAAUAUUUUUGCAAUUGCACAAUUAAUUGGAUGGUCAAUUUUGGCUAUCUAUACGUAUACGCCAUCUUUUUUUGAUAUUUUCUGUACUGAUAUAAAUUUGCCAGACUAUGUAAACAAGCAUAUUUUUAGACUUACUUUUUUCAUCUUAUCAAUUUUUAUAGGUCCCUCCGCGUUUGUUGUAAUUUCUGUUUUAUGUAGACGUACUGUUAGGUAUAUUAUUCUACACAAAGGUGGUAAAAUAGUUACACUUACUACCUCCAAUUUAUGGAAUAAAGAUUGUAAUAUGCAAGUACCUAUAAGCAUGAUAAGAUGUGUCAACCAGAGGUCAGAUGGAACAAGUGUUGUAUCGCUUAAACUAAAACAUAAAAGUUUUCAUUACUUGCUUGAAACAAAGGGUACGUUCCUAAAUCCCGAACUCUUUGAUCAUACGUUAGGAUAUUCUAAUUGUAGAUAGUAUAUUUACGUAUAACUUUUUGCGUAAUUAUAGUUAUUGAAUUAUAAAAUAUUAUGUACUUAUAUUUCGUACAUGAAAUAUAAAUAUUUCAUAAAAUAUAGAUAUUGUUAAUAUACUAACAUAUUAAGUUGUUAUGAAUUACUACUACUAAU